AUGUGCGUUAAAGAAGAUGAUAAUCGAUUUAGUUACUGCCUUAUAGGUUCCUGCAAUGGCUUGAUAUGUCUAUAUUGUGAAGAUACUCACGAAGAGACCACCGAGGAAGAAGAUACCACCGACGAAGUUAUACAACUUCAUCUGUGCUCCGUCGACUUGGUCGUAGGGAACCCUUGCACUAGAGAUGCAUGCAGGUUAUCAGGACCGACUCUUCCGACUCUUUUAGGAAGCGUAUUUGUAGGAGUUUUUUCGGGAUUUGGUUAUGAUUCCACCACCCAAGAUUACAAGGUCAUAGUAGAGUUCACAGAUUCUGAUCCUGAUAUAAGUGCAAGUGCAAGUGCAAGUCCAACUCGAAUUGCCAUCUUCUCUCUGAAAACGAGUUCAUGGAGACUCGUUGAAUGCCGAAAGCAUUACGAAUUGUUUGGGAACGGCCAAAGACACAUUUCAGGAAGUCGCUACAUUAACAAUAUUUUCGACAAAGAAUGUGAUCAUGAGCUCUCUGUGGGAAUUGGAACGACAAUGGGAAAUUGUCUCUUUGUGUAUGUUCACGAUCGGCACAAUCAUAAUUACAAUAUGGGUUUUGCCUAUACAAUAUGGGUGAUGAAGGAAUAUGGGAUCGAGAAAUCUUGGACUAGACUUGUACAGAUUCCUUCAGAUAUGUUUCUUGGGGGUUUUACAUGUUAUCCGAAGCCUAAAUGGAUGUUAGAGAAUGAUGAAGUUUUGAUAAUCUUGGAAGAGGAUGAUAUGUAUGAUGAGGUGGCAUUAUAUAAUCCCAAGGAAAAUACAUUGAGAACUGUUCUUAAGGAUUAUUGCUUUUGGUGGGGUUCGACAUUUUACACUGACACUUUAGUUUCACCUAAAAAUAUCUGGUAG